GCUAAAGCGGCAAAAGCUCCUUACUUCCCCAAUACAUGAGCUUCAGCGGGUCAAUUCCCAGUCCACCCGUGAGUUGCUGUCAUGUUUAGAACUCUCUCUUGUUGCAGAAAAGCUUAUUCCAAUCCUCUUAAUAGUGAAAUUUCUAGGGUUUUGCCCAGAUUCAUCUGAAAUUCACCGAGGAUGGCGGACCUAUCACCGCCAUUUAAGAACCACAGCUCAACGACCACAAUUACGGACUUAAACGAGGAUUCGCUGGCUCAUUGUGCCCGCUACCUCAGUCUUCAAGAUGUUUCUAACAUGGCUACGACCUGUCGAUCCCUCAAGCGCAUCGCUUACUCUGACUCCAUUUGGCAACGUUUCUUCAGGGAACGUUGGCCGCGAGAAACACUUGAUGGGUCAUUCCAAACAUCGGGAAUCAGGGAAGCUUAUUUAGCCAGACGUACUACAUUGCAGCAAUUCAAAUUUUCUGAUCCUGUAGUUGCUGACUUCUAUACAACUAAUGCAAAACCGAUUGAUCAUAUAUUGUUAGAGAAAGAUGAAACUAUUUUCUUCUCGCAGGGUUCCUUGAUAAGGAUGGUGAAGAUUGCUAACCUUCUUAGUGGAAGUGUCUCUCUUGUUGAACUAAAUGAUCACAAUGCAAGAAUUACUUGUAUGAGAUUAUUUUCCCUUGCUGAAACUUCUUUAUUUCGGAGUGAGUCCGAGAGAAAAGGCAAUAUUUUGGUAACUUCAAGCAGUGAUCACUCUAUUCGGCUGUGGUGGAAGGGUUCUUGCCAGAGAUGUUUGAGAGGUCAUAAUGGUGCAGUUUCCACCUUGUCAGACAAAUUGCUUGGUGAUGAUAGUGGGAAGAUUUUGGCAAGUGGUGGGGAAGACGGCACAAUCCGCCUUUGGUCACUUAGCUCAAGUGGAAAAAGUCGCCAGCAUGCUUUAAAGGCUACUUUCUAUGGACACGAGAAACCAGUUAAUUUGAUGUCAGUUGCUGGGCACAGAAAAUCUCUUUUAGCAACAAUUUCGAAAGAUUCUAAGGUGAGAGUUUGGGAUACGGCAGCCUCAUCUUCUGUUCGGUCUUCUUGCUGUGUGGGGAUGACUUCAGUAUCGGGUGCACCUGUAAACAUGAAGUGCCAUGAAUCCUUACUUUAUGUUGCUUCUGGUACUUCUGUUGUAGCAAUUGAUUUAAGGACAAUGGAGAAGGUUAUUAGAGCAGCAAUCUGUGAACCAAAACUGAAUGCCUUUGACGUCUUGCCAUCAAAAUCCUUAGUCUGCACAGGUGGGACCGGCAAGGCAAUUCUUUGGGAUAUUAGGAGAAACCAGGGCAUACUGAAACCCGAGCCAGUUGCUGAGAUGGAUGGACAUGUUGGUCCAGUGACUUUGUUAUACAUGGAUCCUUACAAAAUAGUAAUGGGAGGACCAGAUGAUGUUUAUAUUAAUGUUUGGGAAACAGACACUGCAAGAAAAGCAAAUUCUUUGGUAUGCAGCCAGGAUGAGAGAUCAAGCACCAACUUGGGAUGUUCAGCCAUGGCUGUAAAUGGGUGCCAAAUUAUUACAGGUGGAUAUUGUAGACGUGGUUUUUUACGGUUUAGAGAUUUCUCGAAUGCUUCAUGUCCCAUUUUAGAAUUCGAAGAUAGCAAAGCUUCAAAAUUUUGGAAUGCACAGACGUAUGAUUCUGAUUGCUCAGAUGGCUGAAAAGAUCUCGGUUUGGAGAUUUGGAGAAUGAGAAGCAUCAUCAACUACGGGAAGGCGAUGGCAAGCAACAGAAGAAAAUGCAAAA